AUGAUAGUCGCGUGUACGCCACCCCCGCCACCCUGUCCACCACCGCCGCCAGUCAUUACCUACGUUUGCACCAAGAAACUGGUACCCUGUAUGCCUUGUCCGCCACCCACGCCACCACCUUGCUCGCCGUGUCGACCAGUUUGCACCAGAAGUGUCUACAAGUGUCCAUGGCAACUCGGUCCUGCCUGUCUAAUUUUUCGUCUCGGUUUUAAAAACUUUCGUGCAAAAUAUCUUAGUCCUUCGGAAUCUUUCUUCUCCGAUAGUGAUGCAGAAUUUGAGCUAGAAAAUUACCUGGAUCCUUAUGACCCAAUAAUUAUCGUCAGGACUCUGGACAAAAUUCUGAACGAUGAUGAACAAAAAAACUUCUACAGGAAAACUUCAGGCGACCGGAACGCAAAACAGAGGGCUUCUUCUCGACAUCCAAGCGUGUCUAGUUUGUACACGAGGUCCAACGCGAAUCAUCGAAAGCUGAAGCCCGAAAAAUCCCCGUCCACGCAGAUUCUCCAAAGCGGGGAACCACAAAAUUUGCAGCAGUCCGUGCAAGAUACCAAAGCGGUCGAGGCGUGUCUACCGAAGACGAGAUUCAACUCUCAGGAUAGAUGCAGAGAGUUGAGGUCGUAUUCCUCGCCUAGGCUGAAGUAUUUCCCGGCAGAGAAAAUCAAGAAGUUCGAGAGUCCUCCGGUUACUCCCAUCGGUGCACUGAUCGCGCAACAAAAUCCCCAUGAAACUGGUGUUUAUUACGUCGCUGGCAAUCCUGAAGUGAACAAUGGACAAGGGGAUGCUGCGGCAGCCUCUCAAUCUUUGCAUCAACAUCGUCCACCUCAAGUAAUUAUCUUUCGUCCGCAGCACGUGCACAGCGUGGGCCAGCAACAGGUAGCUCCUCAUCAGCCAAUUCAUCAGACGAAUCCUCAGUCAGAGUCCAUAUUACCGCAACAGAUCCUUGCUGGACAGGCUCAUCGUCCUUUUGUUCCACGCGACCACUCGCCCCAGAAAGUUCAAAAUCAGGGUUACCACGAUGCAGCCUGCGCGAUGAAAGUUCAACCUGUCCAUCAGGCUUCAAAUCCCACGAUGGACCAAGCUAGAAAACCUGAGGAGCCCACCAUUGCAGCGCCACAGACUGACUACGAGAAGCAGCCGAUAGGAGGUCGAAACGCAGCUAAUUACAGGCAAAUGAUGGCUGGACAGCAACUACAACCGCAAUCACAGGCAUCGAUGGACCCUAACAUGUCUAAUGUGACGCCCAGCAAUCACGAGCAGCAUUACUCGAAACAUGUAGCUCAGAGUCCCCAGAAUGUCUAUCAGCAAAUGCAGCAGAACAUGCAGCAGAUGCAGAUGCAGCAGCGGGCUGCGAACUACCAGAUGCAGAUGACGGGUAACCAGGCGCAGGUCCAAGGACAGGGAGCUUACGGUGCUCAGCAGUAUGGAAAAUAUGUCCCGCAGGGUAUGACAUCUCCUCAGGAUCAGAUGAAGAACAUGCAGCGUGCAGUUGGACCGGGUAAUCAGAUGCACCAACGGGACCUGGAGUACUCGAUGAACCAACAGAACGGGUGGCCUAGGAACAACCAGGUGGCGGAGUACUCGAGCGUCAAGGCUCAGCUGAAGCCUUAUAACGUGGAAGUAAUGAACAAUCAAGCACGCCAUGGUGUGCACCCCUACCAUCAUCCCAUGCUGCAGCAUCGAGCAGUGCCCAAAAACACUGCGCAGGGUGCCCCUGUGGCGUACCACCAGCCAGCCGAUCAGCAAAUGGCUGUUAGUCAACCACCCAACCCGCAACCACCCGAAAACAAAAACCCUCAGAGUAACAGGAAGCCCCUGCAGUUCACUGCUGGUAUGCUACGGGACCAGGAGAAGUUGCUGAACACCAUGAAGCAGCAAAGGGUACCCGUGGACGUCAUGAGGAGACAGUUUGACAUGUUGCUGAACGAACAGAAGAAGCACCUGCAAUACCUGGAGCACCUUCAACGGCAGGACGAGAACGAAGAAGUGAAAAGCGUGCAGGUUAAUCCUCGAAGAAAGAGAAACAUCGACGAGAAACCUGAGUGGAUGGCACAUUUGACUCCGUCGAGGAUGUCGUACCUGGAGAUGGAGAAACUGCGAGAUCAACAGAGGAAGGAAGAGGAAGCUCAACGAUUGCAGCAACAGAAUGUGAACGAAAUGGCUAGUCAACCGAAUCCGCUUCAGAUGCAGAAUCCUCUUCAAAUGCAGAAUCAACAGGCUUAUCAAUCAUGGCAGGCUAACUGGCAGCAGACAGGGGCUCAAGCUCAGAACAAUGUGUAUCAGCAUCCGUAUGUAACUCCAAUGCCCAUAAAUACAGGUCAAAAUCCGUCUGCCAUCCAGCAUCAACAGCAACAAGGUGUUCCACAGUACCAUGUUCAUCAGCAACAGCAACAACAGUACCAGUACGUUCCUCAGCAGGAGCAAACUCAAUCGAUUGAGUCCUCCAGGUACCAACAGAAUAGACAACCAGCAGAACCAUCCAGUUUGCUCAAGAUACGUCAGUACCUGAACGAAAUACGGCCUCAAAAACGCAACAAUGGACUGCAGGACCCUGACGUGGCUCGCAAACAACUGGAAGAGCUCAGAAUCAGCGCUGAGAUGAAGAAGGGACUGGAAUACCUGGCCAGCUUCGCCUCUAAGAAGCCUCAGCUGAAACUGAACGGCAUCCAGGAUCGCAGCGAGACGGAAACCGAGAUCCGGAAGCGUCUCCUGGUUCUCAACUCGGAGCCAACCGCUAAAACCAUAUCGGCAAAUGGUCUGGAGAACACUAGAAACCCUGACAACCCUCCUCUUCAGCGCAUAGCGACCGUGAAGAAGCUGGAGCAGGAGUUCGUGAAGGAAUAUCCGAGACAGAGAACCGCGACUCCGCAGAACUACUACAGCGUCCCAGCCGAGAGAGAAAAUGGCACCAUGGCUAACGAAUCUGCGUAUCCUCAACCUCCAGCCCAAAAUUUGGCUAAUAUGACCCCCGUGAUGCCUCGAGGAAACGUUAUGCCGUUCAAAUUUGACGCGAACUAUCCGCAACACUAUCAGCAGAUGCAACAGUACUACCAGAACACCAGGAACCUGUCCAAAAACAACGGGGAAGGCGACGUGGGGACGCUCCAGAGGAUCGAAGCCAGCAAAGUCAACUUCGAACGAGCCGGUGGCGACGCUUACGAAAGCAUGAACGGACAAAUGGGGGAGAGCAAAGUUCAUUUCCAAGGGACACAGUAUGGACAACCUCAGAUUCACGAGGCCAAGACUAUCGGAGGGAUUAGGUACCUCGCCAGGAAACAGGACUACUUGCCCAAUCAACAGAUGGUGUCACCCGAAACUCUGAUUGCCAGCAGACAUUUACAACCCCCUGUUCUUUAUUGAUUUUAUCUCCCAGACUUUUUGUACUUCAGAUUUUACGUUUUGAUAUUUUGGUAUAAUUGUGAAGGUUUGAUAAAAUGUAAUUUGUAGCCGGCCGGGUUCUUUGAAGCGAGAGAAUCGUGGAUCUUGAGGAUUCAAAGAAUGUGGCUGGAGUUUUUGUGUUUUUAAUAAAGUAUAUUUGGAUUUUUAUGAAAGACUGAUUCGAUGUUCUGUGUUGAUUUCACAAAUGGUGAUAUGUUGUCCUUAUAUAUGUGAUAUCUGUAGCUAUAGAAUCUAUGGUGAUCAACGGGAAAAUCCUAGCUACGCCAAUGGUUGUUCCCUGUCAACGUCAAGCACAUCCUCAUUGCUAGAAUUGCUGCUUUUCUUCCUUCUCCUCUAUUGUCCACGUUAUUUCAACGGCGUUUCGUCCUCAUCAGCAAAUUGCUGUCUACCGAUAGAAUACCAUUCGCCGACGAAAUGACUCGUUCUUAAGCGACGUUAUUUUUUUUAUGAAUUGUCCAUAUCUAUAUAUAUCAAUGACGGUGAUUGUAUUUUAUUUUUUAUUUGAAAGGUAGCACAAAAUUUUUGUCUUGAAAAUUACAAAAUUCUCC